AUGAUCAAAAGUGCUGAUAAAGAAAUAGACGUUGCAAUUAAUAUAAUAGAAGAGCAGCCUAAGUCUCAAGAUGAGUUUGAUUAUGUAGUUAAAGUUUUAUGUCAAUUUGAAGGAAUCGGAGAUAGGAUGAAAACAUAUCAUAAAUUGCAUAAACACUGGCUUAUUAAAAAAUGAUAAAUUUUUCUAAAAAAAGCAAUUUUUUUAUGAGGAAUUUAAAAAAAAAUUCAUGGUAUUUUUAUAGGAAAAAAUUAAUAUGAUAUACCCUUGGGUUUUUUAUAUAUAGCACCCUAAACACCAAAUAAUUAGAUCUUUGCAAGUUGAAAAUGUCUUACAAGGUACAUAUCUGAUAAGAAAAGGAGAGAUUUUUAGAAAAUGCUAUGUGCUUAUACAAGGAAAAUUAAAUUGCUAUGAACAAAAUAUUGGGGGUGAGCUUGUAUACUCAGAAUCAGUAAGGCCAGGAAGUAUUAUAGGAGAGUUUACAAAGAAAAAUGGCCAGAUUUCAGUAUCGACUUUUGUAUGUACAACAAAAUGCACAUUUUUAACAUUGUCUACGGAAGAUUAUAGAGAACUACUCAGUGCUGAAGCAUACUCCAUAUUUCACGAAAAAAUAACGUUCAUUGAAAAAUAUUUCCCAAAGGUAAAACAAGUAGUAUUCUCCAUACAAAUAUUUUUUGCUUAUUUAAAUAUUAUUAAAUAUAAGGCAAAUAUUCCAUAAAAUGGUAUAUCAUCAUACCACAGAGACAGAAUUGCUUAUUCUUUAACAAGCAUCGAGUGCUCUCGAGGCUGUACAAUUUUAUCUGAAGGAGAAAAUAAUUAUGAUUUAUUUUUCAUUAAGAACGGGCAGCUUGCUAUAGUAUCUGAAUAUAUAACGUCAGGGAAUUCUGAGCUUGUCAAGUUAGAAUCUGGCAAUUGCUUUGGUGAAGAGUCCGCUUUAUUAGGCAUUCCAAAUAAAUACACAAUAGUGGUCUGCUCAGACACUGCCACUAUUUAUAUCCUAAAAAAAGAAUUUUUACAAUUAAUACCUGAAGACACAAAAGAAAUUUUGAAAAAUAAUUUUUCGCUAAAAGAACAAGGGAGAAACCAGCUGAUAGGCUUCAAUAAAAAGAAAAUAAAAACUAAGCCGCUUACCCCUAUUUUAUUUACCAGGACUUUUAAUUUUUCUUCUGCAAGCAGCUUAGGGAAGAAAAAGCUUGCUUUGGUAGCUCAAAGGUAUGAAAUGGACUCGCUUUAUGAGUCUUCAGGAAAAUUAAAUUCAUCAAGUUUUGGCAUUCACAAGCGAAUUUUGCUGCAAUUAAGGAACAAUAUACAGCAUAAAUCUCCGCAGGCUAUUAAAACUUCUCGGUCACAGCCAAGCUUGAUGUUUUCGUUAAAUUCUGUAUCGAAAAGUUUUAAUAGAAGAGUGAUGACUUCUUAUGGCUCCUCAAGCAGUAGAGGACAAAUAAUAUAA